UUUUAAAAUGUUAACUUAUACUGUAACGCUAUAAUAAUGGCAUAAUAUUAAGUUAUACCAUUGAUUAUGUAAUAGACAUAACAUUACAUAAUCAAUGGUUAUACCCUUCAACGUCUAAGUGUCAUUAUAAUUGCCUAUCUUUUAACUUAAGUCCUGAAAGUAAAAAAAUGAACCAAAUUUGGGAGAUAUAUUUCAAGAUUCAAUUUUGAAACUUACAACUCAGAUACCUAAGUCAAAACAUUCUCUUAUCAAAGGGGAUGGGAAUUUAUAUGUAUGUAUCAUUUAUUUACUCGUAAUUUGAAAACGUUCUCGAGAACAAAAAGUGCACGUAAAAAAUUGAAUAUCCUAAUACAAGAAACAAUAAAAGUCACAACUCACAAGUUAAUAAAUAUUUAACAAACCAAUUGUUGAGAUAUAGUUCUGGACAAAACUCACAUUUUACUUACCUACUAAAAAGAAGAAAAAUUAAAUAUGUUAAAAUCAUUAUACAUUUGAUACGUGAAACGAAAUGUUUGACAUGUUUUUUUUGUCAGUUAUUGAUUAUUCUCGCUGGGGACCGCAACAAAUUAAAUCCAUACAUUUUUUUUUUGUGAGUGAGUAAAUUUUAAAUUUUAACAGAAACAUUAUCGGAACCCUUCCAACAAACUUUUUAAUUUAGAAAUAUCAUUGUGGAAAAAAAAUCAAAUUUUGACAAAAUUGCAUUACAAUACAUUAAGUCUCUAUUAUCUGAUAUCUCCCAAUAGUUCAAGACAACCGCUAAUAAAUAUAAACUAUAGUGACUUGAUAGGGGUACCCUCUAAUAUAAUCAUAUAUCAUUAUAACCCAGGUCAGGUUUAAUAAGGUCAUGACCAAUUUCUAGUUCUAAUAGACGCCCAAAGUAAUUGGUACACUAUAAACCUGUAACAGAUACUAUAAUUGGUAGUUACAAUUCGGAAAUAAAAAUUGCUCAUCGAUUUAAUCGUAUCAUCUUAUCGGUCGUUAUUUUCUAACAAUAAUAUGGUUCAGAGUUAUCAAACGAGUAACGUCUAUCGAUUGUUAUUUUUAUUUAUCAUAUUCAUAAUUAUCUCGAUGAAGUUUAAACCGAGCAUUAAAUACUAAAUUAAGCGUUAGGUACUAUUCGUUUCACUCUACACAUCAUAUUAUUAUCUUAUCUGCAAAGGCUCCGCGAUUAGGUAACGAUUUUGUUCGUGCACACUAUACGCCGUCGUGGACCGUGGCUGCCGUAGUGCAUGAACGUACGUACCUUGAGCUAACGCGAUGUGUCCGAUUGGCGUUUGCCGGCAUAUUCUGUUCCUUUGGCUCGUAUGGGGCUCGACGGGUGUUCGGUGCGCCAACAUACUCGGCGUUUUCCCCAUCGAAGCCCGCAGUCACCAACUGGUUUUCGACGCGUACAUGCUUGGGCUCCACCAAAUGGGCCACAACGUCACCGUUUACACGCAUUUCCCGGACGCCGGCGCGCCGUACAACCGUGUCCGAGUCAACAACGUGUCCCUGUUGAGCGAAAACUACUUGACAAUAGAUAACAUGUACUCGCCGUCGAUCGUCGACAGCUACAGGCACAUGUUCCGCAUAGUGUUGCUGGCCGACACGUACACCGACUCGGCCGCGAUGCGCCAGUUGUACGGUCAACCGGAAGACAGCUACGAUUUGAUCAUAACCGAAACGUGCAACACCGACCUUUACCUGGCGCUGGUGGCCAAGUUCAAAGUACCGUUCAUCGCUUGGACUACGUCGCCCUUGUUCGUCUGGUCGGCCGACCGUGUGGCAGCUCCCACUCAUCCGGCAUAUAUACCCGUCCUGAUGUCGCCGUACGGACCGGAUAUGCAUUUUCUACAACGGUUGCACAACGUGUUUUUGCGCUCUAUGGCUUUUGUGAAAUACCAUACGGACUCAGCAGUUUUCUCGCAAAGCGUCGCCUCCGAAAAAUUUCAAUCCUCGCCUCCGUUGACCGAAAGAGUGUUAGAAACGGCACUUUUGUUCGUCGACACUCAUUACACCGUAUGGGGGAGUCGUCCGUUGCCCCCAGGCGUGAUCGAAGUAGGCGGAUUGCACAUCAAGCCUCCGAAAUCCUUAGAUAAAGACAUACAACAAUUUAUUGACGAGUCGGAGCACGGAGUCAUUUAUUUCUGUAUGGGCAGUCUGUUACGAGGCGAAACGUUUGCGGCUGAAAAGAGGAGCAUGUUCUUAAACGCGUUUCAAAAACUUCCUCAGAGAGUGUUGUGGAAAUGGGAAAACGACGACUUGCCCGACAAAACGGCAAACAUAAUGAUACGCAAAUGGAUGCCACAGCGAGAUAUUCUAGCUCAUCCAAAAGUCAAACUGUUUAUCUCACAUGGCGGCUUGUUGGGCUUAACGGAAGCUGUACAUGAAGGUGUACCUACUCUAGCAAUGCCAAUCUUUGGCGAUCAAUUGACCAACGUGAAAGCCAUUAUGGACACGGGAGCGGCAGAAAUAUUAGAUUACAAUACUUUAAGCGAAAUCGAAAUAUUUUCCAAAGCUAAAGAAAUGCUUACUAAUCCAAUCUACAAACAAAAAGCCACGAAGUUAUCAGAAGUGUUUCGCGACCGACCAAUGUCACCAAUGGAAACUGCCAUGUAUUGGACAGAAUAUGUCAUUAGACAUAAAGGUGCACCACACUUACGAUCUCCAGCAGUUGGCAUGCCGUGGUACCAAUAUUAUAUGAUUGAUAUAAUUUCUAUGCUUCUAAUUUGUGUAUUUGCUAUUCUUUUGUCGUUACAUUAUUUUAUUUCAACAAUCUUGAGUUUGUUGCGACCAUCUAAGAAACUAAAAAUAAACUGAGUAAUAUUGUAACAAAAAAAAAAAAAAAUUGUUUAAACUCAAAUCUAUGAAUCUAUAUAACAAUGAUAUAGAUUGAAUAAGUGAUAUAUUGAUAUAUUUAUUUUCCUAUUUAUGCUUGUUAUUGGUAGGUAUAACCUGUAAUAAUUGUAAAACUGGUAUAAUUUCUUUUUAAUUUAAGACUAGCACAGAGAAAUUACCAAAAUGUUUCAUAACAUUUUAAUGUUGC